UAUUCAAAGUGACGAACAAUCAGUAAGAAAAAAAAACCUUUGGAACCCGCGAUUAAAUCAGCAAUUGGAAUUGCAUUGAAGACAAACAAAUCGUACCACCUCCGCAAUUCAUCUUUUUUGUUUUUGCUUUGUGGUGAGGAGAUAAUUAAAGCAACAGCAAAAAAAAACACCAUACGCGAUCGAAGUGAAAGGUGAAAUAACAACGUUCUCCACCCCGUCGUUAGUGAGCCAGCCAGCGGUGGGUUUUAGUGCUUUGGUUGCGCGCGUGCUUAUCAGUUACUCCCGCGAUUUGAUAACGCAUCCAUUAUACGGUCAUCAACAACCAUUCCACUCCUACACCCUUCCCAAUCGCACCUUCUCCCUCACACCUACUACCACCAGCGUGCAAACGUAAACAAAACAAACACGCGCCCAGUAUCGCCCAGUGCCGACCGAACAAUAAUGGCCUACGAAAUGAUGCUGUACCCGAAGGAAAAGACGCCCCAGACCGUACCGGCCGGGAACUAUACGUCGGACGUGUACGCAUCGUACGCGGAACUGUUCGAUCUGUCGGUGCUACCGAACGACGGUGAGGUCCCACUGAGUCCCCAGUCACAGCAGCAGCAGCAGCAACAGCAGCAGCACGGUUACGGUGGCCCAGCCCAAAGCCCGGAGUACAUUCCGGCCACGAUCUUUCACGACGUGCCGACUGGGGGUGGGCCGAUGCAGCCGAUGAAACAGGAGCACCCGUCGACGACCUGGUCGGACAGUUGGAGCAGCAGCAGCGGUUACAGCAGCUGCGGCAGCGUCAUCAGCAGCAAUCCCGCCUCCCCGGAAUCGACCGCCUCGUCCUACGGAUUGCUGGACCAUCCCCAUCAGCAGCCGCUGGGCAGCCGUAGCACACUGUCCCCGUACCACGGUAUCGGUUUGCUGGACCAGCCGAUCAAAACGGAGUACGAUUCCGGUGCGGAAACCAGCAUCGAUCUGGAGUCGCUGCUCGGUGACGCAUCGCCGUACCACCCGUCCCAGGGCCCGACGUCGCCGGCGUACGUGAAGGUGGAGCAGAGCUACGGGCAGCUGGAGCAGCCCCAGGCACCCAAACCGCCCGGUGGUGGUUUCCAGAUACUGCGGGAACAUCUGCAGGACACCAGCUUCCAGCGGCGCCACAAUCUGAAACCGUUAGAGCUGGAUUCGCUGAUCGGAGGGCUCACGACCCAUGCCGAUAUCGGGCCGGUGUUUGAGUUCGCGCUGCAGGAGAUGAAGAACGGGGUGCAGGCGACCUGUACCGAGCUGAGCAUCUCCUCCGAUCCCAAACAGUGGACAACGGCAAAGGUUCACCAAUGGUUGGAGCUGGCGAUGGGCAAAUAUUUCCUGCCCCGGCUGGACAACUUGCCGGUUCUGUUCCCGGAGAAUGGCGCCCAGCUGGCGGCACUACCGCUGGAAGAGUUCGUGCGCCGUAUACCGCAGGGUGGUGAUAAGCUACACGGCUACCUGGAGCUGUGGAAACAGAUCCACCGGCUGAUGGUGGGCGAUAAUGCGUCCGUCGACAGUAUGGUCACCGAAAGUCUGACCGGCGCUGGUGUGAUCUCCUCGAUGGGAUGUGGCGGUGGUGGUAAUAGCAGCUUUGCUGGUACAUUGCCUGUGGACAGCAUGCCUGGAGGAGUCAUGAUGUCCGGUAGUGCUGGAAGUAGCAUCAGCAAUGUCACUCCCGGUCCCAGCUCAAGCCCUUCGAUGGUGGAUAACUUCGACAGUGACUCCAUGAACGGAGACAUCAGCGAUGAUGACGAUGAAGAUAUGCCCCUGGAAAGCCCUGGAAGCUCGUCCUCGGCUGGUGCGUCCACAACCACCGCGACCGGUACCUCCGGCACCGGUCAACCCGGUGGUCCAACGCCGAAAGCACGCCACGGCGGCUCCCACAUCCAUCUGUGGCAGUUUCUGAAGGAGCUGCUGGCCUGCCCGGAACAGCACCAGAACGCAAUCCGCUGGAUCGACCGGUCGAAGGGUGUGUUUAAGAUCGAGGAUUCGGUGCGCGUUGCACGGUUGUGGGGUCGGCGCAAGAACCGGCCCGCCAUGAAUUACGACAAGCUGUCGCGCUCGAUACGGCAGUACUAUAAGAAGGGUAUCAUGCAGAAAACCGAACGUUCCCAGCGGCUCGUCUACCAGUUCUGCAGCCCGUACGCACUGUAAAGCGCGACCAGUGUGCUUUCGAAUGGAGAAGAGGAUAGAAUUUUAAGCUUCCCUAGAGUCCCCCCGUACAUUCCUUCACUCCAUAACGCAGUAACUCUGUUAGGAUACGCUAUUUAUGACGUUUAAUUUAUUGUUCCAGCAAAAGCGCCUAGCGCCUUCGCAGAUCUAGACAUUUAAGCACACCUUUACCAACCCCCGUCAGGUGUCCAAAAACCAUCCAUUGCACGGCAAUCAGCCAACUCCACUUGUCUAACCUAUGCUAGCGCCUGAUAAGUUUAGGUUAGAAUGGCACAAGCCUCUCGCAAUGAUGAUGUGCACCAGAGUGUCUGCAAGUGUAAUCACUCUUUUGUAUUAUCACACGGGCAUGAUCAUUCCGGAGUGUGUGUGUUUGUGUCGAUCGCGGUCCCACUCUAAGUGUUGGGUAGUAUUAACCCAAACGAGUUACCGCAGCUGACAGCACAGACCAGCUCGGAUGAUAUGAGCUUUAGGAUAAUAUUCUUUAAAAAUGAUGUGAUUACUUACCGUCCUUCUGGUCCUGAGAGUGACCACUGCGAGAACACUGCCGUUGAUGCUCAUGCCUCCACAAGCUGCUGAGCCGCCAGUCGCGCAGUCUCCGGCUCGAUAAGUUCUCGUACAAAAUCACCAACAACGGCAAACCUUUUCUGCUCUUCCUCUUCCUCCGAUUGAUGAUGAGGAACCAGAACCACUGUUUGACAGUUCGCGGACAUCUUGCACCGUAUGCUGAUCCAGUCGCUAGUCGACAGUUAACGCUGAGCAGGUACAUACACCUACACUCCGUUCGUCGGCACUGCGACAACAUGGCGGUACAAAAAAGCCGCGCAGCGCGAUGCGCGUGUCCACCUAAUAUCGUUUACUUUUUAACGUAUUGCUUACCGUUCUGCUGCUUUGCUGGUUUCCGGGCGCACCGGGUAUUACGGGUGCCUGGCCGCAAUGGCAGAAUCGGUAAUUUCGGUCCCAUAUAUCUAUGAUAUAUUUUUACUGUAAGUUCUAUGAACAUUACAUGUUUAGGUAGCAUUCACGAUCGUUAACUAGGUGUAGUUGAACCCGUACGGAUAGGAUUAAGGGCAUAGACACAACCCGCACCCUCUCCCGGGGGUGCGAGUAUUGUUCUGUGCGUAGUAGAUUUUUUUUUAGUAAGACGUCUUCUCUAUUCUGUCCUGUUGUCCCCACUAUCACUUAUCUUCGUGUGUUCUACACACUUUCCUGCUACAUCUCACUUUUCGAAACGGAAGCUUCGGCACCAUAGCUCUACGCAGAAGCUAUGAUGCAAGGCGUUUAGACAUUUAAGGCAAAUAAAAACAAAACGGUUCAUCUCACGAACCUGAAUGUCGCAUGCGCAUGUGACGAAACUAGGCUAUCGUUGCAAUAUUUGAAGUAGCAUUAAGCGUGCAGAAACAAACAAACAACUGAAGCAGGGAUACAUAAUCCCGAUUGUUGCUUUGUUGCUAGUGAGUUAAGAGGAAAGCGAGCCAUAGUGAGUUGUUGGGUGACGCAAACUGAUCAAGAGUCGUCGAUGAGAAACAUAGAGCUCACUUUCUCAUCGUAGACUUUUCAACGGUUACUAGAGCGCGUCAGGUAGUAGUGGUAAAGGAUCGUCAUGGCAAUCAACCGCCAGAAGGGCUUCAUCUAGUAAACGUUGAAUCUUCACUUACGUGUGGUAAUGCAUAUUAAGUUAAGCAAUCGUCCGACACGUUCAAGCCACGUGCCUUCUGUUAGGAGGGACACCGUUCCCAUUAGACUGUAGCGCUAUAGCGAUUAACCAGCCGAUUAAACGUAACACCUAAAAAUGUACUACCUUCUUACAGCAAACCUUCGUUUUGUCUCACAUAAUUCUACCAUUCUGGGUGUUUGGGUAGCUCCAACGUGGAGCAUAAUUUGGUAGGAUGUAAGUUUUGCAAAGCAGCAAUGAAAAUCUACAAAUAACUAUAUGUGAUUUAAGUGCCUUCUAAAAAAAAAACACACACACACGUAAUGUGUAUAACCACAAUAAUAUUUUAUCAUCAUCGAUCGAUCGAUUAGAUUAGAAGGGAAAGUUAAUACCACAGUUUUAGAUACUGCAAUGCGCAACGCACACAUCAGAGAUCUUAUACUGCAACUUUUGCGUCAGAAUGUCGUUUGCACUGUAAAAUGUAAUGUGAAUUUAUUUGUACAAUAAACUAGAACUAA